AUGUUUGUGAAGAAACCGUGGAAGUGGACCAUGGAUUGCUGGGAAGUCACCGGUACUUGGGUCAAUACAAAGCCGGCGGUUGUGAGUCCAGCGAAGAAAAAGGUAGUGAAGGAAGACAGUCCAAGACCUCGGAAGAAAGCUCGUAAAGAGGCACCUGCUGAAGCUAGUGAAGAGGCAGCUGCAGAGGCUAGUGAAGAGGCAGCUGCAGAGGCUAGUGAAGAGGUGACUACGACUGUUGGUUGGUUGACCAAAGAGGAUAUUAAAACCAUGUUCAAGGACAUAGUUGAUGCCAUGAAGGAAGGGUUUGGGACGUGCCGUAAGGAGAUCAAGUAUCUAUCGGAAAGGGUGGAAGCUGUGGAGAAGAAGGUUGGUAUCACCACAAAACGGAAAGGGACAUCAUCUCAAAACACUACCUCUCCACCUAAACCGACGCUCGAACCCGGGGUUAGUAACGAAUCCUCUCCCAACAAGAGAUUGACUAGACAAAGUCUUAAGAAUAAGAAUUGA